AUGAGUAAGACCUUGGAUUAUGGUGGGAAUAGUAACAACGAAAGUGAUGGGAAGCAUGUACGAUCAUGUCAAUCUGCUACUCAACAACCGAGGUGGUUUUCUGGAUUACGUGCAAGGAUCUCGCAGCUUAAUAUGCCAGAGUGGCUGAGCCAACUCGGAGUUAAGAAUUUUAAUUACGUAGCGCCGACAGAGGAAGUGUUACCUGGUAACAAAGCAGAAAAAAAAACGGACUACAAAAAUGAUCAACCAGUGCGGAUAUUGGAUGAUGUUUCAGAGAAGCUACAGAUUUGCAUUCAUCCAGAAAUAGAUGUAAAUGGAAGUGAUACGAUAGGUUCGUGGUUAUGGGAAGAAGCUGAUUAUGGUGAUACUCUCGCUUUGCAGCACUUUGGACCAUUGAAGAAUCUCAUUACGGGUUGUAGUCAUCCAGGAAAAGGACACGACUUCUUAUCACUGUCUGUUACUCAUCCAACCUGGUGUGAUAAAUGUGGAGAUUUUAUGUGGGGAUUUUUGACACGAGCGGUAAAAUGUGGUAACUGUAAUUACACUUGUCACUCAAAAUGUAAAUCGCUGGUAACACUAGAUUGUAAAACAGCUGACAGUACGUUGAGUUCAUGUCAGGAAUUAGCUGUGACUUCUUGUUCAAAUCUGAAAAUGUUCACUGAAAAUGACAAUAUUCUUGAGGAACAAAAAGAUGAAACGAGCGGUUUUGUACAAAUUCAUAUGAAUUUUAUGCGACCUAUUAAUGUGGUCGCAGGCGAUUCACUUUCAUUUCUGGAUGUCACAAACGAAUCGGCAUCCGUAACUACCAGUUCCUUGAGGACAAUCACAACGUUUUUUCUCCCGAGAAAUACUGUUAAGAAUGUGAAUAUAAGUAGCAAAAUGACUACCAGAGAAAUGAUUAUAACUUUGCUGCGGAAAUUUCGAGUUGCGGAUAAUCCGCGGAAGUUUGCACUGUAUGAGCGUGUUUCUCAGUCAUUAGAAAAUCCAACUAUACAAAAUUACAGUUUGACACGUAUUUCGGACGACUCAUUUCCACUCAAAAUUGUGCGCUCAUGGGAAGAGAAAGGAGAGAAACGACAAUUAGUUUUACAGGAGAACGAUACAGGGGAUAUUUUGUGGGAUAUGUUUGAAGUACCAGAACUUGAGAAUUUCUUAAAAAUAUUGGAAGAUGAGGAAAAACAAUACUGUUUCCGAAUUCGACAGAAAUACGAUGCUUACAGGUGGUUUUUGGAUGAAAAUUUACGUAACCGAGGUUUUACUGUAGAUGGUGAUGAAUUUAGCUCGGUAAAAGCAAAUUCUUGUAUAUCCACUGAUGUUUAG